AUGACAAUCACAAUGAAACCUGUCAUGGCCUUAACGAAGGAAACAGUGGAAUUGGGGGCUGGAACCAAGAUGGCGUUUACGUGCAGAAAGAGAACGAAGAAAGAAACAGUGGAAAUGGGGGCUUGGGCCGUUUACGUGCAGAAAGAGGGCAACAACAAAGCCUGUAAUAUCGGAUGGCAUUUAUUCGGCAGUCUUUGUUACUACAUUGAAACGAAAAAAAGGAAGUGGACAUCGGCGCGUGACAAUUGUGAGAUCAUGGGUGCUCGCCUUGCAACUAUCCGAAACCAGACGCAGGAAGGCUUCCUGGAGACCCUGAUAUCCGCGUCAUGUCUUCCGGUAAUGGAGCAUUGGUUUGGUGGACGCUAUUCCAAACCACUGGGUCAAUGGACGUGGGUGAGCGGGGAACCAUUUGAAUACCGGAAUUGGGACAAGGCCAUUGGAGAACCCGAUAGGAAUCUCAAUUGCUGUAUGGUAAAGGCAUCCAAUGGGCUGUGGCGAGACCGCUUGUGUGGUGAUUUUUUUCAUUACUCGGUGUGUGAAAAGCUUGCCGUUUACCAUUGA